AUGGAUAAACUGUUUGUUAAGUUUGUUGUCCCAGCUGUGCUCUUUCUGUUUGGAAUUGUGUCUAUUCUACUCCUGACUGUAUCUAUACAUGAAAUGAGAGAGCCACCACAGUACAUGUAUGGGGUUGUGCUGGACGCUGGCUCCUCACACACUGCCUUGUACAUCUACAGAUGGCCGGCGGACAAAUUAAAUGGCACAGGCGUGGUCACCCAGCACAGCGAAUGUCAUGUCAAAGGAGGAGGAAUCUCUAGUUAUGCCGGGCAGCAAGGUGCAGCGGCCCACAGCCUUGAGGCGUGCUUGAAGCAGGCCAUGCGCGACAUUCCCCCAGACAGACAUCAUCGCACCCCUGUGUAUCUAGGAGCUACUGCUGGCAUGAGACUUCUGAAGGCCAGUAUGACCAAGAAAGCUCCUGACUUGAAAAAAUACCUGAAGGAUUACUGUGCAGUUGCAGUGUAUAUACAAGUGCUAAUGCUUAGGGGUUAUAACUUUGAUGAGAGUUCUUUCCAAAAUGUUGCUUUUCAGAAAAAGGCAGGUGAGGCGUCUGUGGGCUGGGCUCUGGGUUAUAUUCUCAGUGUGAGCAGUCUUCUUCCAGAGGAACCUGCGGGCAUCAGGAAGGGCUUGUGUCCUGCAGCAUGGAUUGGCUUGUUGAUUCUCCUAACCAUCCUCCUCAUUGCCACUUUCUGUUACAUGGCUCUAGUGAUUCGGAGGAAAAGGAGUGAUGAAGUUGUCUCAUAGCUCACUGCUAUGCCUACAGUUGUUCUAUGUGUUUGGACAGACUCCACAAAAAUUAAAUGUUUACAAGAAUAAUGCAUUCAUACUGUACUGUCUGUGCUAAUAUUGCAUCUAAUUUAACAGAAAAUGUGUUUGUUUUGCCAAUGACAAAUUUUACAGAAAGACAUCAAAACUAGUUAGGAAAUUAAAUUGAGGCACAAAAUGAAUAACACUAAAUAAUAUUAUAUAUCGGUAUACUAUGGUAUAUCUGAUACCAGCACUGUUCUAUUGUACAAUCUCAGUUUUAACAGA